UAGAUAGCAUCCCACAAAUACUUGGAAGAGAUUUAAUUGUGAAACUCUGGGAAUCAAAAUGUGUUUUAUUCAUGUUCCAAUUUGCAUUAGUUUUUCAAUACAACUAACUGAUGUGAUCUGGUACUAAGGUGUCUCCUGUUUCCUGUACUUUAUAGGCCAAUCUGUGGGAGGAGCUCUAAUCAGCGCCAAGUCUGCAAUGUCCUCGUGGCUUUCUACAUUCUCUCCGCCAUCAACACAGGAGCCAGAUGAAGACAAGCACUAAAUAAGGCUGUGCUCUUCAUGGUGUAUCUAUAUAGCGGCACACCAGUGUCCGUGGCGCCAAUUUUUAUUCAUUGUUGGUGUUGGCAAAAGCCUGUUUCAUUGUAAGGACAAAUAAUGUGAACAGUUUGCUCAUUUUGCUUGGCCAACCAAGUCUUACCCAUAUUACACAGGUAGCAGUUAUUGAAUUUGUUUCUCUAUAGUUUACAUUGCAAUUUAUCUUUGACUUGAAUUCUCUCACAUAUUGAUCUGCUUUUAUUUCUAUCUCAUUUUAUUGAUGGGGGCAAUUUGUUUAUGGGGUUUUUCUGUCAUAUUUAGCAUUAAACUAAAAUAGAUUUUCUGCAAAUUCCAAGAGAAAUAUAUGCUAGUCGAAAAUUGCAAUUUACUCCAAUUCCAUUGGAUAAGCAAUCACAGAAAUGUUAAAUUUUAGGUCUAGAUUUCUCAAAACUGUUCUGAAGUUCACUUAUCCGGGAUCUUGAAAACAAAGUUAAGUAUUUGGUGUCUAGGUAAUGCAUCUAUUUUCCAAAGUAUUUUAACAUAUUAUGAUUAUUAUUGUAAAGCUCUCACCUUGCCCCUAAAAUCGCAAGAGAAGAGUAGUUAUUUCUGUCCGUUAAUUAUGAUGCCCAAUAUCUUAAAACCCCAUGAAGAAUAAAAGCAGAAAACAGAGUCUAUGAACUUGCUAAACGUAGGGAGAAACGUUAGAGUGUACAAUGAAUUAAAGAGAUGCUGCUAUGAAUCAUAUGAUUCAAAGAAUAAGGGUAUUUUACCGAACUUGUAAUUCAUGUGGCUCUUGGUUUAUUACUUGGAGAUCAGGAGGUUUUUUUUGGUUUUUUGGAAGCUUCAAUAUAAUGUUGGCUUCUUUAUAUACACUGGAUUUACACCCCUGUAGUACAGAAAUGAAAGGUUUUACAAAUCAUUGAUGAUUUUUUUUUUUUUCUAUUUGAAUUUGUAGAUAUGGUCAGUAUUGAUUAGCACGGUAAAUGUUUUUCCUCUAACAUUGUUAUGUAAAACCGACCAGCUGUGUACCAUGGAGUGACUGUUUGUUUGUUUUUGUUUCCUCCCUUUCUCAUCUUUUAUCCAGUUUUCUUUACAAAUUCUAAAACAUUUUGCAACAAACAUUUUAGAGUAUAUAUAAAAAAUGUAAAAAAAAAAAAAAAAAUACACAACAGUUUUAAAUGUUGAGAGGUCAUGGUCAGAGUCCUUGUAUCAUAACCACUACAAAAUGGUUAUGGUGUUUGGUGUGUCCCUUUAAUAAGUAGGUUGCAGAAUAUGUUUGUUUGAAGUGUAUUUUAUAAGACUGGUUUAUACUUAACAAUUCUUUUCAUUUUGGAUACUGUAAUAACAGUUUUCAUUGGAUGUUGUCAGGAAAGGUCUCUAUUAACAUUAUUUCAAUUAUGCACCAUUUUAAAUAUAGUUUUUUGUUCUACUGAAAAUAAGAACUACAAACUGAGUGACCUUUUUAGGGAAAAGGUGUCAGGUUACUCUUAUGGAAAGAGGGGGUGGAGGGUAACCCCCAAGAAUUAAUUAUAUGGCAAAGCAGAGAACACCUGGGUAAACCACUAAGUAGGUAAACCCUUUUACAGCAAUGAGUUGCCCAAAAAGUAAUUAAAACGUCACUUUUAAUAUAUUCAUUAAAAUACUCCUAUAGAGUGAAUAUCCCAUUCAAAAAAUAAAAUAAAUAACGAUAAAUAGUAGGACAAAGAGAAUCCUAAACUUAUAGAUUAACCCAUAGAGGAUUAUAUUCCUAAUGUUCUGAAAUACUCUUAGACCAUGUCCAGAAAUGAAAUAGCUCAAAAAAAGCAAUCAGUGUAACCCAAAUUAAUACGAAAAAUUAUAUAUAAAUACCUAAGACAAAAGAAAAAUAUCCUGGAAGAGCCUUAACUGCGAAACGAGCAUCGGGACUUGCAUAGAGUAUCAUGCUGGUCUCACUGAUAUGGGACGAUAUGCUUUAAGAUGCACCAGACUUGACCAGCUUUACUCUUUUAAUUUAUUCAUUUAAUUUUAUUUCAUUUAUUUUUUUGAUUUCCUAUAACUACUUACCUGCAUAGGGAAUCUAUUUGGGAGAUCGCUUUUUCACUAUACUCACUUAUCACCACGAGAUGGACUUAUAGACAAACUAUAUAUUACAAGAGAAGGGAGGAGGGUUUUAGCAUUUGUUAAGGGGUGCCCUCGAAGGCACAACAGAGUAGGGAAUUUUAUGACUUACUGCUUACCGCUUUGUCCCCUAUCUGUUAAACGAUAAAUUCUCUCCCUGACAGACAACCAUUGACAACUUGUUAGAGUUUGGUAACAUCCAAAUCUGUAUGGAGCGUUUGCAUUAUUAAUUAUCUCCUUUAUGUACAUAUUUGUUUCUUUUUAUUUUUUUCUUUUGUCUUCGGUAUUUAUAUAUAUUUUUUCUUAUUAAUUUGGGUUACACUGAUUGCUUCUUUGAGCUAUUUCAUUUUUGGACAUGGUCUAAUAGAACUUCAGAACUCUAUAGGAGUAUUUUAAUUAAUAUAUUAAAAGUGACGUUUUAAUUACUUUUUGGGUUACUCAUUGCUGUAAAAUGGUUUACCUACUUAGUGGUUUACCCAGUUGUUUUCUGCUUUGCUAUACAGAAAAUAAGAUAUUCAGGUUUUGUUUUUUUCUUAAGUAAUUUUAAUUGAUUUUGUAAAGCAUGUCUCUUUAAUGCAACAAUUAUGUUUAUCGGAGAUGUCAGGUGCAACUGGUGAUUGCAUAAUAUACAUUUUGUUUUGUUUGCAGCAGAUGAUAGAAUCUGGAAUGAGCUGUACAUAUUUUUUAUAUACCAUAUUUAAUGCUUUAUUACCAGAUGUGUAGGUAAGGUUAAAUUGUGUAUAUAAAGAGAUGGCUCAUAAUUACUCUUAACUAUUGCGUAGAGAGAAACAAAUAUACACAUCCCAGUAUACAGUAUGGUUAAAGAGAUGGGGUGCAAAGAGCAUGCAUGACUAGUCUUCCGUUACACUACUGUUUGUCUAUGUUCAAUGCACUAAGAAGAAAGGAUUAACACAAGAAAAAUCUUAAAUGGUUAAUAACAAGCUAGCGUUCAAAAUUAUGUUUUACGUUCAGGGAUAAAAAUCUAUUACCCACAUAUCAUGCUAUAACUUUGAAUAUACCUGCAUGAACUUUUUGUUCUCUCUAAAAUGAUCUGUUUAUUUUCCAAAUCCAUUUGUGGACAAGACAGCCUUCGUUGUGUGGCUGAGUCAAGCCAUCCUUAUAUUUCACAAUGGGAACUCUCACAAUAUUAGAGUAUGUAACCUAUGAGAACAUGAUGGUAUAGCACGCACAUACACACGUUUUCAUAACAUAGGUUUCUGUACGCAUGCAUGGAGAAAACCUGAUUCCGGUUAGGUAUUCAUUAGUCCACAAUACAGUGCUGAAUUUUUAAUCAAAUGUUAUCCUUUUCAGGAAUCUUUGCUUGUAAAGAUGACAGUGAUCUUUCUGUUAUAUAUUGGCCCUGUUCUUAAAAUCAUCUUGGCUUUCUAGCUGAUAUCCUGUACAUUUAAUAUACAAUUGGUCUUGCUUUGAUUAGCAAGCACUCCAAGAACAAAAGAAAGUACCCUGGGAUCUUGCAUUGAUAUAGCGCAGAGCAUGAGAUUUCCCUAUGCACGGGUUUGUGUUUAAUCAUUUGUGACUGUUGAUACGUGGCAACAUUCCUAGAUUUAUUAUGUCUUGAUGUCUUGUUUUGUAGACAAGACUAUGUGUUUGAAUGGGAAAAUAAAUCUAUAUGUUGUUCAAUACUGUACAAACUGUCAUGACCCAUAUUUAGUGUAUGUUUAGUAAAGAUGUUUGGGUCAUUUGGAAAUGUUUGAAUCCUGCCAGUUAGUAGGUUAGUAAGCAAACUGAAUGUACUUUUCAUAGACCAUGCCUGAGAUUACAGGCCUUUUUUUUUUUUUUUUUUGAACCACAAAAUGAAACUGAUAUUAUAUUAAAACCUCAAAUAAAAAUAUUUCCUAUGCAGCUUUGCUACAAAAGAGAGGGCAUACACAAACAUAAAAACGUGGUGGCAUUUAUGGGAGGAAAGAUUUAUAACACAGGCUGCUCUUCUCAAAGAUGAAAUCCGGUGACCAGGCCUUUCAUGACUUUCAGUACUAUCUCUAUGUUUUUACCAGCUUCAUUGUCUUUAAUACACGGUGUAUUAAAUCCUCCUUGCUCUUCCUAUACCAUUCCGCUUCAUACGGUUCUCCAUUCAUACCCACAGUCUAAGAUUCAGAUAAUCCUCAACUCUUCUCCAGUAUGUUUACCUACAAAACCUGAAUGGUUGCAUUGAGAAUUGGAUCAUAAAUAACUACACUAUAUUAUGUCAAAACCCACAUUAACUAUCUGAAUGAAUUAGAAAAAGCUUUCUAGGAGGUCUCCUCUUCUCCAGAAUUUUCUAUACUUUUAGGUACUAGACUUGUUCAAAAAUUAGUUUGAGCAUGUUCAUCCAAUUAAGACUUCACUGGUAAAUCCUGGAGAGAUCAAUUAAUUCAGGUAUGGAUUAAAAGGAAUGUGAUUCAGACAAACCUGCUCAAAUUAAUUUUUGCACAAAUCUUAUUGGAUACUUUAUGGAGCCUUUAAAGCCAUGUAUUUACUUCUUAUUAAAUAUCCAUACAUGCACCCAUAUUUUGGAAUGUAUCUGUUAGGCUUAAAGGAAAAUGGUAGUGUUUUUUUUUUUUUUUUUUAAAUUAAUAUUUGUGCAUACCUUAACUUAUCCUUAAGUUCAAAAUACUGCUUUUCUUACCACAGAUCAUGCAGGUAACAGUGAGACAUCAGGACUUGUAAAUGAGCACUAUCGUGAGCAAAUGCUGGCAUCUCAAAAACCUAAAGAUGGCUGCACCCAUGUAGUAGAUGAUAAGCUUGGGAUAAUCAGCAUAUUUAGAAGGAAAUACUUUUCAACACAUUUCAAAAUACAGAAAGAAGCUAUUAUGUGCAAUUUUUUCGAUGGUGACAUCUUUGUUCAUGAUCAAAUAGUGUUGAGAGUUGGUGAUGGAGAAUGGAUUGCUUCAGUUCCUCAGAAGUGAAUUCUGAACUCUUUAUAAGAGAUCUACAUGGUAAUUACUUUUUUUUUUGUUUUUAAAGGGAGGGUGACGGGAUUGUCUUAAAGGAGCACUAUGGGGUCGGGAACACAAACAUGUGUUCAUGUCCCUAUAGUGUUAAAACCACUAUCUAGCCCCCUUUGCCUCCCUAAAGAUAGUAAAAUCUUACUUGUAUUCAAGUCUGAAGCUGCUGCCUCUGCCUGUGAAAUUCCUCUGACAUCAGAAGUGGUGGCCUGAUCCAAUCACAAUGCUUCCCCAUAGGAUUGGCUGAGACUGACAAAGAGGCAGAUCAGGGGCAGAGCCAGCACAAUUCAAACACAGCCCUGGCCAAUCAGCAUCUCCUCAUAGAGUUGAAUUGAAUCAAUGAACUCUAUGAGGAAAGUUCAGUGUCUGCAUACAGAGGGUGGAGAUACUGAAUGUUUGGGUGCAUUUUAGGCCAUGGCCCAGGAAGGAUCUGUAACAGCUAUCUGAGGAGUGGCCAGUGAAGUUAUCACUAGGCUGUAAUGUAAACACUGCAUUUUCUCUGAAAAGACCGUGUUCAUAGCAAAAAGCCUGAAGGGAAUGAUUCUACUCACCAGAACAAAUGCAAUAAGCUGUAGUUGUUCUGGUGACUAUAGUGUCCCUUUAAGCCAUAGAUCACAUGUAUCAUAAUGAAAAGAAAUGUGAAGGCCCAAUGCUUUUGCUUUAUACAUCAGUGGCCUUUAAUGUCAUUAAACCUGGUAUGCCACAACAAUAACCUGCAGCAUAUUGUAUGGAAAGUUAUAGCCCAUAAAACUACUCUUUUGCCUUCACUAAAUAAAUCUAUUUAGACACCACCCCCCCCCACUCCCCCCACACCUAAAUCUCUAUCUGCUUCCAAGUGUGAGGAUUCUGCAGUCCAGUAAAGAGACUGACUGUGUGAUUAGAUGUGACUAGACAAAAGCAGGGACAUAUCUGUAAGCCUACCCCCGGAUGGUUAGUGAAAAGUAAAUAGGGGCAUCUGAGCUGUCCCCUGCAACACACUGCAGAAGGCCAUGUAGUUGCCACAAACAGCACGUAAAAAGAAAACACCUGAGAUCUAAAUGAUAACCAAGGAAAUUACAAAACCACUCUGGGUAUUUCAUAAUUCAUUUUACAAACAACAUAGAAACAAAACAAUUUGACACUGUUAUAUAAAUUGUGGGGAGAAAAUGUAACUAGUUUGGGACCAUCAGCAUGUCCCUUUUAGAAUGAUAAGAGCUUAAUGUGUCUGAGUGUCUGUUCUGAACUGGUUAACUGCAAGUCAUGGGAGACCAUUACAGACCAUCUCUAGAACCUAUACGGGUUACGUAUUAGACAGACUUAAAAAAAAGAAUUCUUAGAAGCCAAACUACACAUAGAUUGUAAUUUUUUGCCAAUGUAAACAUUCAAGACAUUAAGACUGCACAAUGUUUUUUCAUUACAACCCAUAUGGGGCGCCAUAAUUCUGUGAAUAUACUAUUAACCUGGCUAUACACACAUGACUUGUUUAAUGUAAUGAAACAUUUCUAGGCCUGCGGUUAUGAAGAUUUUAGUUCUCCAAUUAACAUCAGCUGUUUUCAGUAUGUAUAUGCAUGUAAAUUUAGGAGUUUUAUCUAUCCUAAAAAUUGUUUUGCUAGGGGUAGAGGGUACAUUCACUAAAAGUUGAGCUAGCCCUUCUGUGUAUGUGGAAGUCCUUUUUAUUGAUAACCCAGGAUUCCUCCUAUUUACUUACUAAGCGAAGUAGAAGUCCAACUCAGGGACUUAGCAGCUCAAGGUGGUAAUCAGUCACAGGUAACCUGCUGAUUUGAGUGAAAGACAAAUUGACAGCCACAAGCAUCUGAAUGUGGGAGAAUUAGACUCUGCUGCAGUGUUCUCUCUUGUUACUUUCUCACAUUGUAUUUGUCCUAUUUCUGAAUCGUGAAUCAGAAACCUGAUUUUUCCAAAGUCCUUGAGUUAUGCAGGUGAUGCUCAACAGUAAUUUUUCUAUUUCAACUGUGGGUGUAUAUAUAUAUAUAUAUAUAUAUAUAUAUAUAUAUAUAUAUAUAUAUAUAUAUAUAUAUAUAUAUAUAUAUACACAAUUGAAGAUAUGUUUCAAUAUGUAGUGAGAUUCUAUCUGAUGGGCCUAUCACUAAUCUUUUAGGAGGUGUAAUAAUCUCACUGUUAAAAAGAAAAACGUACAUACUUUAGAACAAUUCUAAUCAGAAGUUCUGUGCCUAAAACUGUUUACAGUGCUGUGUUUUAUUGUGAAAAGUCUUGUUAAUCUAUAGAAUGUGUGGUUUCAACUUUUCCAAAGUAUAUUAUAUGGUAAUACAUGCCUAUAUCAAAACCCUUUAUGGGAUACAAUUACUGUGUUUCAAUACUCUUUAUUUUUUAUAUUUAUUAUAAAAUAAAUUUCCUG